AAAGUUCACUAUUUAUACCAAGGUAUAUCUUAUGUAAAAUCAGCAUUUUCUUGUAUCAAAGUGCAACACAAAAACUUACAUACAUUUUUUGUGUUGAAGAUACUUAACAAAUUGAUGAGAAAAUGGCUAAAUUGUUUGGUAUUUUUGUCUGCUUGUUGAUUGUGGCCUUAGACUCCAUUGCUGGCAUUCUUGGAAUCAAAGCAGAAGCAGCUCAAAACCAGGAAAAACAUCUUCGAUUGUGGUUAUUCGAAUGUAAAGAGCCAAGCCAUGAUGCUUUUGUACUAGGUGUGGCUGCAGCAUGUCUUCUUGCAAUUGCUCAUGUUCUUGCCAAUCUUCUUGGUGGCUGCAGUGUUUGUGCUACUGAUGACAUUAAGGAAGCAUCCCCAAGUAGAAAACUAUCAAUGGCUUGUCUUGUUUUUACAUGGAUCAUAAUGGCAAUAGGAAUGGGACUACUGGUUAUAGGGACAAUGGCAAACAACAAAUCAAGAGCUUCUUGUGGGUUUUCACAUCACCAUUUUUUCUCAAUUGGGGGAAUUUUGUGUUUCAUCCAUGCCAUCUUUGCUGUUGCCUAUUAUUCUACUGCCUCAAUGCUACUUGCCCUAUAAUCCAAAUUAUUUAUUUUUUGUUUAUUGGGGAUGUAAUGUAAUGAAGAUGUUUUGGUACUAUGAUUGCGUUGUAGACAAUAUUAUCGAUAAUCGCAACUAAUUACAAGAUAUGUAUCUUAAAUCUAAGAUCACACUUGAUUGUAUCAACAGAAAAUAUAUUCAUUUGCCCUGCAA